AAACACCAAAAAAAAAAUUCUCCUUUUCCUCUCCAUCGUCUAGCCGUCCGGUAGUGUCCGUCUCCGGUCGCCGACGAUUCUAUCCCUCCUAUAUCCUAUCCCCCGCCCCCUCUCCUCUUUUAUUAUCCCUAAAUUUUGCCCUCUAUUACUUGUCCGGUUUUCGUUUUAGGAUCACAUUCGGGAGAUAGAGUGGCGCCGUGAAAGCCACUGUGUUUCCGAUUCUUAUAUAAUCGUAACGAGGAGAGUGGGGAACGGAGAAAAAAAAUAAAAAAAAUUUGGUUCUAGGAAAGGUAGAAGAAGAAAAAAGGAGUGGGAUUUGCAGAAGGGCUCAAAGGUUCUGAGAUGGCGCAGAUUCAGGUGCAGCGACAGCAGGCGGCGGCGACGGGAGCUGCGGCUCCUCCGCCUCCUCAGUCGAUGCCCACUCAGAAUGGAAUGGCUGGUGGGGUGGCGACUGGACCAAUCCCUUUAGGUUCCACCUCGCUCUAUGUUGGAGAUCUUGAUCUCAACGUGUCCGAGGCGCAGCUUGCCGAUCUGUUUGGCCAAGUCGGCCAGCUGGUGUCCAUUCGGGUCUGCAGGGACCAGACUACCCGGCGAUCUCUCGGCUAUGCUUACAUUAACUUCACCAAUGGACAGGAAGCUGCAAGGGCAUUGGAAUUGUUGAACUUCACUCCACUCAACAACAGUCCUAUCAGGAUCAUGUAUUCACAUAGGGAUCCUAGUCUUCGUAAGAGUGGUGCAGGAAAUAUCUACAUCAAGAACCUUGACAAGGCAAUUGAUCACAAAGCUUUGCAUGACACUUUCUCUGCCUUCGGCAACAUUCUGUCAUGCAAAGUGGCUACUGAUGCUUCUGGACAGUCCAAAGGUUAUGGUUUUGUUCAAUUUGAUACCGAGGAAGCUGCUAAGAAUGCUAUUGACAAGUUGAAUGGCAUGCUGAUUAAUGAUAAGCAAGUUUAUGUUGGGCCCUUUCUCCGUAAGCAGGAGAGAGAUAGUUCUACAAGUAAUACGAGAUUCAAUAAUGUAUUUGUGAAAAAUCUUUCCGAAUCAACAGCGGAUGAAGACUUGAAGAAUGUUUUUGGAGAGUAUGGUUCAAUUACUAGUGCUGUGGUGAUGAGGGAUGGAGAUGGGAAGUCUAGGUGUUUUGGCUUUGUUAAUUUUGAAAAUGCAGAUGAUGCAGCUAAAGCUGUUGAGGCUCUUAACGGGAAAAAAUUUGAUGACAAAGAAUGGUUUGUCGCAAAGGCUCAGAAGAAAUCUGAAAGAGAGCAAGAACUGAAAGGACGGUUUGAGCAAAGUAUGAAGGAAGCUGUAGAUAAGUACCAAGGCCUUAAUCUCUACAUUAAGAACUUGGAUGACACCAUAUCUGAUGAAAUGCUCAAGGAGAUGUUCUCUGAAUUUGGUACAGUAACAUCAUGCAAGGUUGUGCGUGAUCCAAGUGGAGUUAGCAAAGGUUCGGGGUUUGUUGCAUUCGCUACACCUGAAGAGGCUUCUCGAGCUAUUAAUGAGAUGAAUGGAAAGAUGAUUGUUAGCAAGCCUCUCUACGUUGCGCAUGCUCAACGCAAGGAGGAACGUCGAGCAAGGCUUCAGGUUCAGUAAUUGUGUAUCAUUCUCAUGGAUGGUGCACUUCAUUGAAAAUAUUUUAAACACAUGGAGAGACUUAUUGUUCAUAUAUUAUUGAUGUUGUUGGAUUUUCCAUUUGCUCAUGUUUGAUUUGUGUAUGGAAAUCCAAUAUAAUCAACUGUCAUUUUAAACCUCUUAAAGUCAUUUUUAUGAUUUACUAUUUUAUACUCGUUAGGAAUUUUGGGAAUGUAUCCCGGGGUGUGGCCUUCGUUGGUUGACUAUUGUCGUUUUGCAGGCUCAGUUUUCACAAAUGAGGCCAGUUCCUAUGCCUCCUGCAGUUGGCCCUCGUAUGCCGAUGUUUCCCCCUGGUGCACCUGGGCUUGGGCAGCAGUUUCUUUAUGGCCAAGGUCCUCCAGCCAUGAUUCCUACUCAGGGUGGGUUUGGCUACCAUCAGCAACUUGUGCCAGGGAUGAGGCCUGGUGGUGGUCCCAUGCCAAACUACUUCGUACCUGUUGUCCAGGGUCAACAAGGCCAACGCCCUGGUGGUCGUCGUGGAGGCCCGGUACAGCAAUCACAACAACCAGUUCCCAUGAUGCCCCAGCAGAUGAUGCCUAGGGGUGGACGUGGCUACCGUUACCCUCCCGGUCGCAACAUGUCUGAACUUCCCAUGCAAGGUGGAGCCAUGCUCUCUGUCCCCUAUGACAUGGGUGGCAUGGGAAUACGUGAGGCUGCAGCUGGGGGGCAGCCUAUGCCCAUCACGGCUCUUGCAUCAGCCCUUGCCAAUUCAACUCCUGAACAACAGCGAACUCUGUUGGGUGAAAGCCUGUACCCACUGGUGGAGCAGCUGGAGCAUGACUCGGCAGCCAAGGUUACUGGGAUGCUCCUGGAGAUGGAUCAGACUGAGGUCUUGCAUUUGCUCGAGUCACCGGACGCCCUGAAGGCUAAAGUAGCAGAGGCAAUGGAAGUGCUCCGGAACGUAUCUGCUGCUGCUCAUCCACAGGCAAACAACGCAGCCGAUCAGCUCUCUUCGCUGUCGCUGAAUGAUGGUAUUGUGCCAUAGAGUAGUCACGGGGGCUUUAUGUGGAUGGAAGAAUAAAAGAGUGCAAGGGGUUUUGCACCACCGUGAAGACACAUUUUUGGUGAUUUCGUUGUUUUUAGAGAGUGUUCGUUCUCCUUGGAUAUUUCCCAACUUGUUAGGUCUUUUCUGUUCCGUGGUUGAGUUGUUUCCGAACUCGUUUUGUUCUUUGCCCGGUCAAGUUAGGAUGUUGAAUGUUUUUGGGUAGGAUGCAAUGCUUUUUCCAUUUUGAUCUUGUGCUCAUCUGAAUUGGGUUGGUCUGCGGAAUUUUGGGAUGAACUUCUCGUAAACUACCAUUGGUUUGUCAUCACUUCCAUCUCUUAUAUUUUUUUUAUAUUUCCCGUUCUGGUCCUGUAAAUGUUAGGAUUGGAGAUAUUGCUGCCAUUGGCUUACUUGAUAGCUGGAGAUCGCGAAAGUGUGAAACUACAUUUCUUCAA